AAAACUAGCAACUUUUUAAGAAGUUGAAAUCACUUUGUCACGAAACGAUUAUGAUUGUCACUUUUAUUGACGAGUUAACAUACUUUCUACAUCGUUCAUAAAUUUAUAUAUACCUUGUGAUUUGUGUGAUUGAAAAUAGAGCUUUGAAUAACGAAGGAUGCCACCAAAGAAGAACGCCGGCGCUAAAGCUGGUAAAUCCAAAGGUUCGGAAGAAAGUGGAAAAGGAGAAAAAGUAGAAAAAAAAGGUGGAACUACUGUAAAAGUUAGGCACAUAUUAUGUGAAAAACAAUCCAAGAUAUUAGAAGCUAUGGAAAAGCUAAAAGCUGGACAAAAAUUUAAUGAAGUGGCAGCAACAUAUAGUGAAGACAAAGCACGAUCUGGGGGGGAUCUUGGAUGGAUGACACGUGGUUCGAUGGUUGGUCCAUUUCAAGAAGCAGCCUUUGCACUGCCCAUUUCUAAUUUAAGUUCUCCCAUUUAUACGGAUCCACCAGUUAAAACGAAGUUUGGUUAUCAUAUAAUAAUGGUAGAAGGUAAAAAGUAAUCUUAUAGCAGUAAGAUUUCAUUUAUAUUCAUUUGAUUGUUAAUAUACAAUAUUAUUAAAAGUUUUUUUACAUAGUA